CAGUCACAUGUUGAUUUAAAAAAUAUGUAUAUAUAUCUGUGCACGAUACAGUAUGGGCAGCCUACUGGAAUCGAAGGCUUACGGAUUUCCCGAGUGCUGGGCUUUCUUAACCCUUUCCAGGUCUCUUCUGGUGACUGUGAAGCCAGACCUUUGACCUUCACAUUUGUCCCCACUGUCAGAAGACUACCAACCCACAUUCAGUUGACUGACUCCUCUAAAUUCCUUGUUAAAAUUCCAGAAGAACCAAGUGCUAAGAAUCCAGAAACUAUAAAUAAGUCUAAUUCCAAUGACUACUUGACCUUGAAUACCGGGAGCCAACAAGAGAGAGACCAAGGGACAUUGACUUACCCUUCAGAGGUCAGAGGAACAAUUCCACAAGAAAGGGAAUUGAAAGCAAACGAACUUCAAGGAAUGCAGCAGGGUGGCAUCUUCAAAGCUGAAUAUGUCCUCAUUGUGGACUCUGAAGGGGAAGAUGAAACUACAAGCAGAAAAGGUGAACAGGGCCCUACUGUGGGGACCGGAACCAUGGCUGCCCGGCCCAAGUCUCUAGCAAUCUCUUCCAGUCUGGUCUCUGAUGUGGUACGUCCCAAAACAUGGGGAACCGAUCUUAAGCCUUCAUCACAUCCUGACAUGCCUCAUGGGAUGGCCCCUUCACAAAAGCAUGGGCAGUCCGCCUCUUCUCCCACUACCUCUGAGCAGCUUGCCUGUAAACCACCUGCUUUCUCCUUUGUUCCUCCAACUAAUCCGAACACCUUACCUGACCCCGUGGACUUCCACGGAGCCUCUGUCCUCGAGGAGUUCCACUCUAGGAGGCUGGACGCCAGUGGGGCGGUGGUGGAAGAGUCAGCUACGUAUUUCCAAACUUCCGCCGGCUCUCCACCCUUUUCUGCAUCGAAGGGCGCCUCCUCGACGUUCGCGUUUCCCCAUCCCGCCCAGUGGCCAGGUUCCAACGUGUCCAGUCCGAGCGCAGCAGAUCAGAAAGCUGGCCCGGCCGCCGGAGCUCGGAAGCAGACGACUUGGUCCCCCGCGACGUCCCCCGCGCGCGUCCCUGGUGGCCGAGCAGGUCCGGGAGCGCCGCCGUCCCCUCCCGCGGACGCGCCUCCGACCUCGGAUUCAGCCUCAGCCUCCUACAUCCCGGUGCGCAUCGUCACGCACUCCCUCUCGCCCAGUCCGAAACCCUUCACCUCCUCUUUCCGCGGCUCUUCUCCCACCAUCUGCAGCCAAAUGUCAUCCAGUGGAAAUCUUUCCAAGUCCGGGGUGAAAUCCUCGGUGCCCUCUCGGCUGUCCCUUCUCACUGCCAUUCUCAAGUCAAAGCCUUCUCACCAAAGACCUUUCUCCCCCGCAUCCUGCCCCACCUUCUCCCUCAACUCCCUGGCCUCGUCCACUCUCACACUUGAUCAGAAACCAAAGCAAACCCCACCCACGCCUAAAAAGUCUCUCUCCAGUUGCUCCCUGACGGCCAGGUCUCCGGACGAGGGGCACCAGGACUCGGGGCUGACCCAGCUGUCCUCUCACCUGCCUUCCCCCACCACGUCCACUGCUCCCCUUUCCCAGGCGUCCUCCCACUCCCCCACGAAACACGUUGGUAGCAGCCUCAUGUCUCUGGAUGUAGAGAAAACACCAUCGCCCACCUCGAAGGGCCAUACCGCGCUCUCCCUGCUACAGACGGACACCCCGAGUUCUGCAGGCCUCCCUCCUGUCCCACCAAGCUCUUACCCUCUUUCUUCUUGGAAGGGCAAACAGGAUGGUGACCUCAGGAGUCCAGAAAACCAGAGAAAUACUUACACACACGCUUCUACCCUAGCCUCUCCUGUAUUCUCUUCAUCUCCUCGGGUUAAUCAAAGAGCCACGCUCUCCACUCCAGAGAAAUGUUUCCGUCCUUCCCCAGCUCUUUCCAACCUGAUAAACAGAUCCCAGAGAGCAUCACCUCAGCUGUCUGGCCAGCAGCUGAGUCAGGCAGCUCUCCCUUCACUCCCUAUCUCCAGUGCUAGCUCUAUCUCUCUUCCCAACUUGGGCACCUCCUCUCUGCCUCGUGCUGACCUGCCCAGCCGAGGGCCGCAGCUCAGUCCCCCAGCACUGUACCCAAAUUGUGGCAGUAGCAGUACCCUGCCUUCAAGACUCGGGAAAAUGGAAAGCAUCAUAUCCAACCACAGGGCACCUGACUCAACCCCACCACUUCCCAUUUCUCUAGCAAGAACUGAGGAGCUGAUUUCACCUUGUAUAUUGCCCGUGUCAACAGGCCCUGAAAAUAAGAAACCGAAGCAAUACAAGACCAAGUCAAGCUACAAGGCUUUUGCAGCAAUCCCUACAAACACAUUGCUUUUGGAACAGAAGGCACUAGAUGAACCAGCCAAGACGGAAAGUGUCUCCAAGGACAACCUGUUAGAACUCCCUUUGGAGUUGUGUUUCCCUGCACAGCUCAGGAAGCAAACUGAAGAGGUCUGUGCUACCAUUGAUAAGGUCUUGCAGGAUUCCUUGUCUAUGCAUUCUUCUGAUUCUCCUUCAAGGUCCCCACAGACAUUGUUGGGUUCUGACACAAUCAAAACUCCUACGACUCUUCCAAGAGCAGCUGGUCGAGAAACCAAAUAUGCCAAUCUCUCCUCACCAUCUUCUACAAUAUCUGAGAGUCAGCUGGUUGGAAGAAUAAAGAGUUGUCUUGGGCCACACAGCAAAUAUACAAACAGUAAGGAAAAGCUGAUGGCAAAAAAAAAAAAAAAAAAAAAGAAAGAAAGAAAGAGAAAGAAAAAGGAAGGAAAGAAAAAAAGGUCCCUGCAUACUUUUUGUCAUUUCUGAUACCAAAAAUAGCAAAAAAUAAAAAGUUCUUACAAAAUCAGUAUGCAGCUGGCAGGCCACAGGUUGGACACCCCUGCUCUACUCUAUUAAAUGGAGUAAGAAGAAAGGAAAGAGCGACAAUUUAGGUUAAACCUUCACAAAGCUUUCCUAAUUUUGAACUGAAUGAUCACAAAGGUAUUAACAAAGGCUGGUGGGUCCUCUUUUCUCUGCAAAAGAAAAGUUAGGGUCCAGAAGAAGUGUAUGUCCCGGCACCAGGGGAGCCCAGUCUGGAAGACGUUUAGCUUUUGCUUUUGAAAUUUCAUAAAAAAUGUUUGGUGUUGCCCAGGAUGGCAUGCUGAAUCUAAAGUGUAUCAAAACAAUAUAUUUUAAAAAUAAGCCACAUGACAACAUGCAGGUAAAAGAAAAAUGGAACUUACUGGAAUACUAUAAAGAAGAACGCUUAAACUUGUAGAUACUUUGCUUCUAGUUCUGGGUGCCAGCUGAUGUGCCCUGCGUUAGUGGUGCAUGAAUCAUCUUUCUGAGGGCCCUUGAGGCCUCUGUUGUUCAGAAAAUGCAGCCCUGAAAGCUUUUGUGUGGAAAUGAUGUCUUCUUCAAACUCAAAGGCAAUUUCUCCUUGACCAGCUUUUCCCUGACACAGCAUACUUAAGGGCUACAGCAUUUAUCACGGACGCCUCCUCAGGCUUGAGUCAUGCUAUUGUCUUUUCUUUAGCUAUUGAAGUAUUUCGAUCUGGCCAAUCUGCAUUGCGUAUCUUUCCACAAAAUGUUUCUUGACCUAUGGAAUGUGGCUUAUAAUCAUUGAUGCCCUAUGUUGUAUGUUUAGUUUUAUGCAAUAUUAUAGUAAUUAUAAAACAUUUUUGAGAACAACAUGUCAAGUAGG